AUGGAAGAAGAUGAUUUCAAGACACAGGGUAAAGUGAGAUGCAAGGAUGCUUUCUUUAACUUCAGUUCUGAUCAUGAAGAUAAUGAAGCUGAUGAAGAGAAUGACGUUGCUGAUGAAGAUGAAGAAGGGUUUGGGUCAAAAGAGGAAAUCGAUGACACAACAGGGGCUAAUGAUCUUCAUUUGGGAGAUGCGGUUGGUGCAGGCUUCCCUAUUCACGAUCCAUCAGUUGAGUGGAAUAAGAUGAAGCCCCUUCUUGGUGAAAGGUAUGAAUCACCACAUCAGCUGCAACAAUGUCUCACUAAUUAUGCUAUUAAGUCAGGGUAUCACAUUAAAUUUGCGAAGUGUGACACUGUGAGAUUAGUUGCCAAAUGUGGUUCUAAGAUGAAGUCUCAACCCUGUCCAUUCAGAGUUCAUGCUUCCUGGAUGACUCAAGAAAGGUCUUUUCAGAUUAAAACCUUAGUCGAUGAGCACAAAUGUGUAAGAAAUUUCAAUAUUUCAAAUUUACUGAGUCCUAGAUGGCUAGCAAGACACUUUUUGAAGGAGUUGAUAAUGAAACCUAACUUGAAGUGUAAGGAGAUGCAAUCAAUAAUUAGGAACAAAUUUCAUUGUGGGGUGUCUUGGUCUAAGGCUUACAGAACAAGGUGUAGAGCAAUGAGCAUUAUAGAUGGGAUUGCUUGA